UGAAUGAGAGCCACAAGUCUGAAUUUAUAGAGCUAAGGAAGUGGCUGAAAGCUAGGAAGUUUCAAGAUUCAAACUUAGCGCCUGCCUGUUUUCCAGGAACUGACCCCAGCAUUUCCUUUCACCACCAAAAGCGCUAGCCAGGUCAGGGCCUCCUGUGUAGAUUGAUGAUAGUGGAAAUUUUGAGGCUUUGAGACAUUUGUAAUAAGCUUUACUCUUACGAACUCCUAAUGGCCACUUCUGCUUUGCCUAAUAUAUCCAAUAUGAAAAUGAAAGUAAGUGUAGAUUACUAUAUGUUUUUUUGAUAUUAAACACUAUCAUGUAAAUAUAGGUAAAGGCUCUUCUAGAUAUAUUCCAUAGACCAGCUUUUGUUCACAUAUAUGUUUGGAGAGAAUUUCCACUUAGAUUAGCACGUAAGGUUUUGGAAGGAUAACCACGUAGAAGAAAAUCUUCCCAUUAGUAGUUGAUUCUAGGAGGAGUUCUGGCACACAGGGAUGAUUAACUCCACAAUGCGGUACACAAAAUCAACGAAAUACGCUAUCAACACUAGAACUAGCUGUGUGAGCAGACAGUAUCCUCCUGGGAGGGGAGACAAAUUGGGACUCAUCAAAUCCAACCUGCUGGGAAACCCGUAGAGGACUUGAGGCAGCAAUUGCCACCAUGAACCGGGAGCAUCAGAUCCAACCUGCCAGGAAACUGAUGGAAGACUUGAGGCAGGAAUUCCCACCAUGAACCAGGAGCAUCAAAUCCAAGUUGCGGGAAACUGAUGAAGACUUGAGGCAGGAGUUCCCACUGUGAGCCAGGAGCUCCCAGUAGUCCUGCAUUGACUUGGCUGAAUUAUUUUCCCUCCCAGCUAAGAGAGGAAAGGUACAGGAAGAGGGCUGAUGAGCCAAACAUCCCUGCAGUUUCUGUUUGUUUGCUAUUGGUAGCACUAUUUCCUGGCAUAAGAAAGUGAAGAAACAGGAGGGACAGAUGAUUAUUUCGUUGCCUGAGAGUUGCCUGCUCACCACGGACACAGUGAUUCGAAGCUACUUAGGGGCAUACAUUACUAAGUGGAAGCCGCCUCCGUCUCCUCUGCUGGCGCUGUGUACCUUUUUAGUUUCAGAAAAGCAUGCUGGGGACCGAUCUCUUUGGAAGCCUUACCUGGAGAUUUUACCCAAGGCCUAUACCUGCCCUGUUUGUUUGGAGCCGGAAGUGGUGAACCUUCUUCCCAAAUCUUUAAAAGCAAAGGCUGAAGAGCAGAGAGCCCAUGUGCAGGAGUUCUUUGCUUCCUCCAGAGACUUUUUCUCUUCUCUGCAGCCUCUGUUUGUGGAGGCUGUUGACAGCAUCUUCAGCUACAGUGCCCUGCUGUGGGCUUGGUGCACCGUCAACACCAGAGCCGUGUACCUGAGGCCCAGGCGGCGGGAAUGCCUUUCUGCAGAGCCGGACACCUGUGCGCUCGCUCCAUACCUGGACCUGCUGAAUCAUAGCCCACGUGUCCAGGUAAAAGCAGCAUUUAAUGAAGAAACUCACUCUUACGAAAUUAGAACGACUUCACGUUGGAGAAAGCAUGAAGAGGUAUUCAUCUGUUACGGCCCUCACGAUAAUCAGCGGCUGUUCCUGGAAUAUGGAUUUGUUUCCGUCCAUAAUCCUCAUGCUUGUGUUUAUGUCUCAAGAGAAAUACUUGUUAAAUAUCUUCCAUCAAGAGAUAAACAGAUGGACAAAAAGAUUUCUAUUCUAAAGGAUCAUGGCUAUAUAGAAAAUUUGACAUUCGGAUGGGAUGGACCAUCUUGGAGGCUACUCACAGCCCUUAAGUUGUUAUGUCUGGAAGCUGAAAAAUUUACAUGCUGGAAAAAAGUACUUCUUGGGGAAGUAAUUUCAGAUACGAAUGAGAAGACAAGUUUGGACAUAGCCCAGAAAAUAUGCUAUUAUUUCAUGGAAGAGACUAAUGCUGUGCUUCAAAAGGUGUCUCAUAUGAAGGAUGAAAAAGAGGCCCUAAUAAACCAACUAACUUUGGUGGAAUCCUUGUGGACGGAAGAGUUAAAGAUUCUCAGGGCAUCUGCCAAGACCCUGCACAGUUUGCAAACAGCUUUUACCUGAUUUCACCAAAGCGCGUUUGGUCACCUCCUCUGAAACAGAAGUUAAUUUGAAGAGCGUCAUCGUGGCCUGGGGCGGUGGCUGCCCCCAGGACGUGCAGGAUUUCUGCAGGGGGCAGCACAGGUUCUGGGACUGUGAGGCUGUGAGUGAAGGUGGACAAGCUGUCUGGAUAGCACGUCUAAUGCUCUUCCGAAUAAAGUGCUGAACUGUGAGGAGAGAGGCGGACUGCCAGGGAGCCAGGAGCCAGCUGUGUCCGUGUGUGGUCUGUCACCACGGGGCCUGCUUCUUAUCUGACACAGCAGCUCUCAGAGUCUAGCGGUUGUGCUUUUAAGAUGCUCUGAUACCGUUGGGUUAAGGGGCAGGUUGGCGGUGGGUGGCUUUGGGCGGUGAGUGUGGGAAAGUGUGAGGUAGUCCUGGGUUCCUGCCAGGGUGGCCCAGCCGCCAGCCCUUCCCUGUGUGACUGCACUGAGGUGGGCGUUGAAGAGUCCCCUAGGGGACACAGGGCUUCCAAGAGGAGGGAAUGUCCUCUAAACAUGCUCCUGGCCUCCCAAGGCAGCGCUUGUCUAAUUAUUCACUUGGGAAGAAUAACUGGCUUAGCCAGCGGCCCUUUCUGCUUUGUUCUGGCGGCUGUCCUGGGCAGGCCUUCCAACCUGGGGAGCUGGCCCAUCCGCGGUGGGCCUGUCUGCUUGAUUCUGGGGUUCAGUGUAGGUCAGCUGAUUGCAAACCAUGGUGAUGGUUUGGCCUCUGUUCUUACUCUUGAGUUUUGAUCCUGCUCAGACCCUGGGUGGGGAAAAGGGGCGCUUCCUGCACAGCUCUCAGCUGCCUGUGGCCUCAGGACUGCCUGCAUAAGUAACGCAGGGGCUGCUGGUCCUGUUCAGGCCCAUGCCGGAGACGCUGCAUAGACAGUGUUGCCCAGGGUCCUGUUUACCCUCCCAGGGUUCAUUCUUCCCAAGAACUGAAAUUCCUUUCUCACUGGAGCCCAGCGAAACCAAAUGAACGGGGCCUGCUGGCCUCAGAAGGCAGGCAGAGUUUAAAAUAAAACUUUCUCAUGAUUUCUUGAACAUCUUUCCCUGUUUGUAUAUACAGUUUGUUUUUAUGUUUCAACAGUUGCAGUAUAUUUCCUUUUUUCAAUAUUCAGUAUAAUGCAGUGUAUUUCAUCAUACGCUGUAUGGAGAGUGGGCAGACUCUUCUAUGGAGGGCCCGGUAGUGACCAUUUGAAGCUUUCUGGACCUGUGGCCUUAGUCCCAGCGAUUCUGCAGAGCAGCUAUCGGCAGCAUGUCAACCACUUGCAAGGCUGGGCUCCCGGGAACCUAUUGACAAUGACAGGUGGUGGGCCCUAAGUUUCCUGACCCCUGUGCUGUGCCAGAAUUUCUUUCUCCUCUUCCCUGUGAAUGCACCUAAAUAUGUUCAUCCCUUUACACCUUUCAAAAUGGACAGCCCCUUGAACAUUAAAAACUUUGCAGGCCCUA